UGCUGCGCUUUUAGGGGCCCGCGGCGCCCUGGCAAAGGCCGUUGAGUCCAUCACUGAGUUCUCCGACGCUUCCGUGACCGCGCGUGCGGGUAUAUGCAUCCAAAUGCACUUGCCCUUGGAGGCCAGAAGAGGGCAUCAGGUUCCCUGCGUCUAGAGUUAAAGGUGGUUAUGAGCCACCGAGGACUCCAGCCUAUGGGACGGUGCUGCCCAGAGAUGUGUUCCUAGGUGAUUCUGAAUCCAGUCAAGUUAAACAUGAGGAUCUUGAGCUUCCUCCAUGUGCUGUUACUGCCAUGUUACCUGUCUGCCUGCCUUCCCUUCCAUGAGGCCCUGAGACCCCCGGAACUAAUACUUAUGGAAGUCAGAGGACAACUUUUGGGAGCUGAUUCUCUUUCCACUUUGUCGAGUGGCCGUGAGCUGAACACCCUGUUCUAAGUGCUCCUGUCAUGAUUCCGCUACAAGCCUGAAGCCACGAGGCCCAGUGGGCACGGAAACUUUGAAACCGUGGGCCAGGACCAAUCUUUCCUGUCUCUAAGAUAUUUAUCCCGGUGUGGAAGACUAUCUUUGGGACUACCGCUCCUUCUGAACCAUGGUGCCGUGGCUGUGGAAGGGGCUGAUAGGCAUCGGCCUCUUCGCGCUGGCCCACGCUGCCUUUUCGGCUGCGCAGCAUCAUUCGCACGCGCGACUAACGGAAGAGGGGAGUGAGUCGCUGCCGGCGGACAUCGUUCUGCAGACGCUGUUGGCCUUUGUGGUUACCUGUUAUGGCGUCGUUCAUACGGCAGGGGAGUUUAAGGACAGGGAUGCCACUUCAGAACUAAGGAGUAAGACGUUUGACGCCUUAAGGAGUCGCCCGUCUUUCUAUGUGUUUCGUCGUCGGCAUGUCCGUGGACUGUCCCAGCCUUCGGAUACAGCUCGUUCUUCAAACAUCAGCGCAUCAUCUUCUGACAUACUGUUGAAGUUUUGAAGUUCAGCUUUUUACACAUCAAGUAAAUAGAACAGAAGCAGACUUACGAACUGGGAUUUGAAAUGUAAAACCCCCUACACAUCAGUAUUUUAGUGAUAUUUCAGACUUAAUUUAAAAAAAAAAAACCAUAACCAAAUAGCAAACAAACAAAAAUCAGAAAGCUCUUUCUCUUAGGUAUCCCGUGACAGCUGUAGGAAGCUGACCAACUGUGAGGUGAUUUGGGGUGAGGUGAACAUUGGAGCCUCAGCUCGAUAAUGCAAGUGGACCUAAGCCAGUCCAGGGGCUGAGUGGAACCCGAAGGCUUAGUAAGGAAAACAUGCCUGCAUGCUUGAGCUGAGACAUUGAUCUUCCUCUGGCUCUGUCCUCUAAACCCAAACGUCAGCCCUUGCAUGUUGAACCUGCUGGCUCUCAGACUUGCAUUGAACUCUGCUGGGCUCUGCCUGCUGACUCCAGUCUUGAGGGACCUGUAGGUCCUCACAGUGUGCGGUCCAGUUCUUCAUUGCCUCUCUCACCACAGGCUUCUCCUAGGCUCUCAGACUGAUGAGCUAAAGGCUCUGGGAGCCAUAAGCUCCAGGAUGAUGAUCUUCCAUGCUGUGUGAAGAGGCCUGACUGUGAAGGAGAGAAGGAAGCCGGCAUUCCCGGAACAGUGGGGAUGAGAGGUGGAGCGAGCCUUGCCCCCCCCCCCCCCCCCCAGAGCAGCCAUCCCUGUGGCCGGUUCCAUGUGUCAUUUGCUAUGGUCUGGCUAACCUCCCACUUCCCUUUUGUGCUUGUGGUUCCAUAUGAGACUCUGCCAUCUGCAACUGUGUUAGGUUUGUCAGAGGACAAGACUCAACAGGGGUACGUGUUUGUGUAAAACUAUCCCCUGGUGUCUACAGAGCAGAGUCUACAACUGUCGACAGGAACCAAAAUCCUCCAGUGCUCAAGAAGUUUGUUUUUAGAAAAUGACAUAGUAUUUGCUUAUAACCCAUGCCUACCCUUCCAGUACUUUUAGUCAUCGCUAGAUUACAUGUAAUACCUAAUGCCAUGUAAAUUCUGUAAAGAGUUGUCAUGCUGCGUUGUUUAGGGAAUAAUGAUAAAGAAACGUCUGCAUAUGUUCAGUACAGAUGGAAUCCCCUCUCCCCCCAUUUUUGGUUAGCAGUUGGUUGUAUCUGUGUUUGGUUUGUUUACCUGUCCUUAUACUCCACUUCUACAAGAAUGUCACCUCCCUGAGGGCCAGAUCCUGUUCGUCUUGGUUCCUUGUGGUGUCCCCCAUGCCCAUCAGAGUGCUUGGUGUGCCCUUGCUUAUGGUAUCUUGGAGGGGGAAGGUGUGUGUGUGAGAGAGAGACAGAGACACUGACAGAGCAGAGAGAGAGAGAGAGAGAGAGAUCCAGACUAAUCUGGAACUCAAUAUGUAUAUAGCAGGUUGGUCUUGAACUAACACAGAUCCACCUGCCUCUGCCUCAAGUACUGAGAUUAAAGGUAUGCACCACCAUACUUGACUUAUUUUCAAGUUGACCUAUUUAUCAAGAGAGGCUCAAUUUACUCUGAGAACCCCAAUUUUCAAGACCCCAUAUUGGUUGGUCUGCAGCAUUUACCACUGUUGCUGCUCCUUCCUGUCUGGAAUUUUCUACCCUUGGCUUCCAUGAUGCAGUAAUGGAAAACCUGUAUUUGGUACCUUUUUCCUUUCACGUCACUUCUCCAGAGAUUUUCUUCCUCCUCCAAAUGCCAUCUGGCCCUUCUGACCUGUCUGUGGCCAUCUCCCCAUUCUAGGACACCUGUCUUAGUUCCUUUCCGAUUGUGGCAGAACACCAUGGCCAAGACAACUUAUAAAAAGAAGUGUUUAAUUGGGUUUAUGGUUUCAGAGGGUUGGCGUCCAUGGUGGCAGAGCAAAGGCACGGUGGCACGAACAGCUGAGAGUUAACAUCAUGAUCGACAAGUAGAAGGCAGAGAGAAACACACACACACACACACACACACACACACACACUGGGAAUGGUGCAAAUCUUUCAAAACUCAAAGCUACUACUAGUGACACACCUCCAUCAAGGCCACACCUCCUAAUCCUUCCCAAAUGGUUUUUACUGGGGAUCAAGUAUUCACACUUACAAGCCUAAGGGGCCGUUCUUAUUCAGACCACAAAAUUAACACUGUUGGGCUCAGUUGCCCUCUUGUGGGCUGGUCCUUGACUGUUUAGUUGGUGCACAUUCCUGUCCUUUGGCAACAUGCAUCCGCCUCUGACUCCAUUUGUGUGGAAUGGAAGCAGUGUUCUCCUGACUUGUAUCUUGUUUCCCUUCCCCCAGGAUUUUAAAGGGGAGCCAAGACCUGUCAGAUCUACAUUCUCUGCCUCUCUGUGGGACUCUGCCCCUCCAUCCAGGCAAUCCUUGUUUAGUACAAGGCUGUAUCAUUUAACAUCUCAUAGACAUAACCUAUGUUAUAAGUAUAAUCCCAUCUCCCUUAGCUGUACAGUCCUAGAAUGGUCUAGAAUGGCCUUCUGUUGCACAGCACUGUAAUUCUCUUGACUUCAGCCUUUCAACACCUGGAUACCGUGAAUAAAAAUUAAGCCCAAAUCCUCAUCAUUGGAGUUCCUUCACAGCCAAACUCCUUCCCACUUCUCCAGCCUCCUCUCCAUCCCAUGCAUGGUACACUCCAUGUCCUCAGGACACUUGCGGUGCUUGGUGUGCCCAGCAUGUCAGGCUGCUUCCUUUCCACAGAAAGCCUCUUGUGAAGGUUAGUUUUAAAUGUCAGCUUGCCACGAAUUAGAAACACCUGGGGAGGGAACUGCACUUGAGUGCCUUUAUCAGAUUUGUCUGGGGGCAGGGGGAUUGACUUGUUUGUUAACUGAUUAGGAAGAGAGCCCACGACAGGUUUCCUAGGCAGGGGUCCUGAAGAUAGGUUUCCUAGGCAGGGGUCCUGAAUGACGUAGGACAGGAGAGUAGAUGAGAGGAAGCAGGCGACGUGGGUAUACUUUUUUCUCUGUUUCAGAAGGUGGGUGUGAUGUGUUGGUCCUUAACUUCUGCUCUGUUGCAAUGGGUUCUGAGUUGUCAACCCUUUCUCUCCUUAGUUGCUUUUCGUCAGGAAGUUUUCUCAUAUCAAUAGAAAUGAAAUUAGAACACUCCAUUGGUUUAUUAGGGCUGAUAAAGUGCCACAGACUAGGUGACAAGAAUUGAGAAUUAGUUUUCAAUAAUUCUGGAGGCCAGGAGUCAAGAUCAAGGAGUUGGCUUUGGUCCUUCCUCCAAGGAUUCUCUGGUUGACUUGUAGGUGGAUGUUUUCUCCUUUGUCUUCACAUAGACCUCCCGUUGUGUCUUUGUCUCCUGUUGUCCUCUUCAUAAGGUUCCCACCCUUACCAGUGACCUCAUUUUAGCAUGAUUACGUCCUUAAAGACACUCAUAAUCUUAGGUAGGUUCUAGGGAUUGGACGGCAACGUGUAACUUUUGGGGGACCUCUGUUCAGCCUGUGUAAUGUGCCUCCUCCUGACCUCCCAAAAUGUAAUUGUCACAGGCAAAUAUAUUCAGCCCAUUCUCACAACCACAGAUAUCCUAACUCUUUCCUGUAUCAGCUUUAAGUUCAAUAUCUCAUCUAAAUCGUGUGUUGGAUAAACUCCCAAUAGCUCACCUAAAUCGUGUGUUGGAUAAACUCCAAGUAUGGAUCUUCCUGAGCGAAAGUUUCUCUCCAACUAUGAAACUAGACCAUGCAUUACACGUUUUCAAAAUGAACUAGUGGGGCAAAUAUGACCUAGACUUCCGAAGUCCAAAGGAAAGGAGAACCGAGAAAGGUCACAUGUUAGGGCCCCUAAACGCAUGAAUUUUGUGGAGUUUAGUUUCAACCCACAACAGCUUCCCCUUAGUGACCUGGAAAAUGACACCCACAAUUGAAUACCUAAUUGGCUUGCCUGCUUAGGACUCUUCCUUCUUCAUGCCUAUCGUACCCCGGUGCAUAUUCACCUCCACCAAAUCCCUGUUAUAUUUAAUUUCACCUAUCUGAUUACAUGGCUGUCUCCUCUGCCAACACCUGACCCACAAUUACACAUUCAAAAAUCACUGCUCCUCCUCACCCACUGGGAACACAUCUAAGACCUAGAGUAGAUGUCUACAAAGUAUUGAGUCCAUUAGAUAUGGGUUGUUUUAUUUUUCAGUCUGAUAACCCAGACAGCCAUUAAGAGAUUACCAGAUGGAGAGCAUAUACUGCGCGGAUACUCCGGAUAAAGGGAGAACUCACAUAAGGCCAGCCUAGAUUUCAUGACAUUCAGAACAGCGUGCAGUUUAAAAUGCAUCCACUGUUUCUAGGCUUUUCCCUUUAAUACUUUUUUGGACUGUAGUCAACACUAGGUAGCUGAGACUAUGGAAAGCAAAGCCUUGAAGAUGGGGUGCUGCUGUGUGUUCCAAGACAAACCCCACGGAAGGGCGGCUGUGUGGUUUUGUACACUGUUGUGUGUGUAGAAACUAAGACAGUGUCUGGUACAUAGUCCCCAAAUAUUUACUGAAUUUGUGAAUAUAAACAGACAUACACCUACUAAGCAUUUAUCAUAGAUGUAUGUUCUAGAUUCUUGAAUGUUGAGCAGCUUACGAGUUUGUGUUGUUUUUCCAACUGAGCGCAAGGGAAUCUUAAUACUCCCCUCCUGAAUGGCCAGAUACCAGCUGAGCAGCCAUCACGUGCCUCCGGGUUCCCCAGAUGACUCACAGGAGAGCUUUGUUUGGGAGGAGUGGGAUGAAAUGAUGGUCGACAAAAAUAACCCUGGGUCUUCGCAGGCAACAUCGAGCUCUACUGGUGAGGAGGGCAAUAGAGGUGGUUGUAAGGAAAUGCUUCUCCAGGGCAGGGCAGGAUAGUUGUCGUCCUAGCCUAGUGGGCAAACAGCUGCUCACUUGUUCACAAAGAAUCGGAGUUAGGAUAAGUGACAUAAAACCGCCCUUGUUCCUAAGCCGUCAGCUGCUCCUCUUAGAUGAGAACAAUUCUUAUAAACCAUGAAGGAAGCAGACGGAGGGGCGCAUUGCGAAGGUGGUAAUUCUAUGUGUUUGUCUUUUUCCUUUCUUGAAAGGCUUUCCCGGCGGGCAUAGUGGCACAUGCCUGCCAUCCCACCACUUAGUAAGCAAAAGCUGGAGGAUCCCUGUAGGCUGUGAGGCCAGCCUGGGCUACAUAGUGAGUUCAAGGCCAGCCAGAACUAUACACAGGAAGAUAGCGCUCCCGCCCCCAUCCAUACACAACUUUCCCAGACAUAUUUCCUCUCGUUUGGUAACCAUGCCCACCAGGACAGAAGGACACCUUUACAGAAGAGACAUUCUGGAAGGAUCUCAGACUUGCUACCAGCGUCAUCUGUGUGGUGAAGAACGGUUGGUAUCAGCAGCGUAUUGGUAUGAGUGUGAUGUGCAAACUCCGGGCCCUGCCCAGAUCUACCCGCUCAAACUGGGCCAGCUCAGGAGUCUGUUAUAUACGACUAGGUGGUCCAAGCACAUGCCCAACUCCGAGAAACCUCAGAUUAGGGCUCACAGGAGGCACAAGACAAACCUGGAGUGAGACCGUGGGGCUGUCUGAGCCUAUCCUUCCCUGAAGUCCUGCUGUUCAGAGCUGAGAUUUUCCCACAGGAUAAUCCCUUACGUUACCGACAUUUUCCCUUCUCACCUACAGUGGCCGGGGAGGUCUGUUAAGGCCACAUUUCUCGCUGCUCCCAUGUCUCUCCUUGAGCCAUGCUGGUCUUUCUUCCUUAGACAUGGUGAACUGUCCUCUGUCUCUGAGCUUCGUAUGUGUUUCCUCCGUCAGAGUUAGCAUUGCUCCUGGCUUGGUAUUUCUCACGUCAAGUCUUCCUUGAUCUGGGCAGAUCUGUUUUUCUUCAGCAUGACAGCUGCACUUCCGGAAGUCACUUUGUUGACUAGGAAGUAGGUGACUGGAGGGCAGCAUUCUGCCUUUCUUACCAUGUUGUUUCCGGAGCCAACCCUGGGCUUAGCAGACAAUAGAUCCUGGACAAACAUUUAUCCAGUAAAUAAACCGUGAACAACAGGGAGUGUGGUAGAAGGAAAGGAUGCCUUCCUCUGUUCCUGAUUCCUGUGCUGUUCAGGCUCUCGGGAGGGAAGGGGGAGGGGAGGAAGCCCCCCCCCCCCCUUUGGCUGUUUCUUUGUAUCCUUCGUGUAAGUGCAAUCCUGUCCCGUAACUGGCACAAUGCACUCAUGGCUCCAUCCAUGUGCUGUAGGACAGGAUUUCCUUAGUUUUAAAACCUGCAGGCUCUUAGGUUGUGUCUGUACGCCUCACUGUCUCUAUGCACCCGCCUGUUGAUGGACAUCUGAGGCACUCCCUUCUGUUCGCUGGUGUGAAUGAACACAGGUCUGCACAGAUGAGAAACCCACUAAGGGGUACUGCUGUACGUCCCAAGAGUGGAGCGGGACCUUGUUCUCAGUUCUUCUGGAUGAAUAUCCAGAGCUGGGAUGGCUGUGUCAUAGCUGUUCUUCUUUCUCUACAGGGUGUCUCGGAAUAACUCUGGCUAUCCUGGAUCUCCCUUUGUAGACCGGGCUGGCCUCAAACUUGGAGAUCCACUUGCCUCUGCCUCCCAAGUGCUUGGAUUAAAGGUGUGUGGCCACAACCACCCUGCUGUCCUAUCUACUCUUAAUUUGAGGAACUCCAUAGUGUUUUCCCUAGUGGCUGCACACUUUCCCAAAUCUGCCGGUGAUGUUCAAAGUCCCACAUUCUCCCUCCUCCCUCUCCUUUCUCUGCUAGGGAUGGGACUCGGCCUCUCCUAUGCCGAGCUACACUCCCAGCGUCCCUUUCUUUUUCUGUUUUCUCAUGUGUGUAUCCGUGUGUGGUGUGGCCAAGUAUGUGUGUCCAUGCAGGUCGGGUGGACCCCGAGUCGAUUCCUUGGUUACUCUCCUGAAUUUACUCAGGCUGGGCCUCACUGAACCUGAAGCUUGUUGGAUUGACUAGCUUAUCUAGCCAGCUUGCUUUGGGGAUCCCCUGUCUGCCUCCAAAUGCUGUGAUUCCAGUGUUCCUGUGGUCACCAUGCCUGCUGGCUUUUGUGUGGGUUCUGGAGAUCCAGACACUGCUCCGCACCCCUGCACCACAAAUCCUUUAUACCCCGACAGCUCCAAGUCCUCUGCGUUUCUUAAUGGUAGCCUUGCCAGGAAGUAGGAAGCAGCAUUUCAUUGUGGUUUUGACUUGCAUUUCCCUGUUGAGAUGUGAUGUUGAUCCUCUCUGAGAGCCUCUGCCUCUGUCUCUCUGUCUCUCCUUCCUUUCUCCACGCCCCCCACAUCUUGUGUGUGCCCAUAGUGUUCCUGUAUGUGGAAACCAGCGGUACAGACAGAACAUCGUCCUCCGUCACUCUAUACCGGAUUUCUCUCAGACAGCAUCCUUCUCUGAACCUCAAGCCUGCUGAUUUGUCUUGACUGAUGGACUAGAAAACCCAGGGGAAUUGAUCUUCCUGUCUCACCUCCUGGUUCUGGGAUUACAGAUGCACACCACCUUGCCACCACAACCCCGCAGCCACUUAAAAAAAUCCUGAGGGUGCUGGCGGCGGAACUCAGGUCCUCAUGCUUGGAUAGUAAACGUGUUAGCAGCGUUGCCACCCCCCAGCCCUGCUCAUUGUUACCAGCGUUGCCAUCACCCCCUUUCCAGCCCUGCUCAUUGCCCGCUUAUAUUUAUUUCUUCUUGGAGAAAUGUUUAUUCAAGUCCUUUGGUCACUUUAAUUUUAUUUACUUUUAUCAGACAGGGUUUCACGGUGUUGCUGUGACUGGCCUGAAAUUCACUAGGUAUAUCAGGUUUGCCCCUAACUCUCUAGAGACACAGCUGCCUCUGCCUUCUGAGUGCUCAGACUAUGUGCACCACCUCACCUAGCCUUUUGCUAUUAUUUUUUAACUUUGUUAUUUAUUUUAUUUUAUGUUUAUUGGUGUUUUGCCUACAUGCAUGUUCAUAUCUGAUGCCUGUGGGUACCCAAAGAGGGUGUCUGAUCCCAUAGAACUGUGAGCUGCCACGUGGGGGCUGGGAAUGGAACCCGGGUCCUCUGGAAGAGCAGCCAGUGAUCUUAACUGCUUGAGUCAUCUUUCCAGCCCCAUCUUUGACCAUUUAAAAAUGAAUAGUUUUUUUUGACUGUUACAUAUUCUGUGUGGCAUUAAAUUCUGUCAUUUAUAAAGUACUGUAUUCAUGGAAAGCCCUGGGCACACACAGUCUCAUUUGUUCUUACCAUAACCUUGAGAUAUAGGUACAACCCAAAUCCACAUUUCCCAGAAGCACCAAGGCCUGGACUCGUCAAAUCACAUCGCCAUGAUCACACUGCUGGUAAGCGAUGGAGCUUGAGUUAGUUAAGACAUGGGGAGGCUGGAGAAAAUCCAUCAGCGUCUCUUCUAAAGUUCUUUAUGGUAGGAAGAGAAUAGCUGGGAGGCAGGGGCCAGCGUCUGCUAAUUUCAUCCCUGCUUCAACCAGCUCGGGAGCCAUGCCCACCCCAUUUCUCUCUCUUUCUCUCUCAAAAUUGAAUUUUUACUAUAAGA